AUGGCUGGGCAGUCAAAUCAUGCUAUCGUCUACGGCGCAUCGGGAUUGAUCGGCUGGGCCAUCGUCAACCAGAUCUUGAAACCGUACCCUCAUGCCGGCACAUUCUCAAAAGUCACUGCAGUCACAAAUCGUCCAUUGAAUUUGUCCGAAACUUUUUGGCCACAAGCGACUUCCCAACGGCCUGACCUGGAACUCGUUUCUGGAAUUGAUAUUGGUCAAGAAGAUGAGACUCUUGUGGCCAGUGCGUUGAAGUCCACGGUGAAGGAUGUCGAGAAGAUUACUCAUGUCUUUUACUUGGUUUUCGCUGCAAAUGACGACAAUCUCAAGGAGGUUGAGAUCAAUCAACGAAUGUUCACGAAUGUCGUUCAUGCCCAUAACAAGCUAAGCCCUAACCUAAAAUUUGUUACAUUCCCCGGUGGCACUCGAGGUUAUGGGAUCUAUGUCCCCGGAGGCACCUUUACGCCUCCAUUGCGCGAGGAAAUGGUGAAUUAUCUUCCCCACGACUAUGCUAAGACGGUAGUAUAUCCCAUAUACCGUGAGAUCCUGAAUGUUGAAAGUCAAGGAAAGAGCUGGACGUGGUGUGAAGUCUGUCCAGAUGCCAUUGUCGGCUUUACUCCCAACGGAUCCCAAUUUAGUUUAGCUCUACAUUGGGCUCAAUACCUGUCACUGUAUGCUUAUAACCAUGGCAUCGGCCCUGGUGCGCAGGAGUCAAAACCCAUGCCGGCAGAAGUCCCUUUUCCAGGCAACAUUAGCUGCGCCAACUCAUUGUUCUCGCCGGUUUCUAGUCAAAGAAUGGCUCGCUUCAUGAUAUUUGCCUCUUUGCAUCCUGAAACUUGCGGCGGUGGUCGACUAUUCAACAUCGCCGACACCCAGGUGCCGUGCAAAUAUGGCGUACUCUGGCCCCGACUAGCGGCAUGGUUCGGUCUCAAGGGCACAGGAGCAGCUGAAGUUUCAACAGCAGAAGAUAACGCACUGAAGGUCGGCGAGCUUUCAAAAACCAGUGGAACAGCUUUGACGCCCGGAGAGUAUGUCGCCAAGUAUCGAGAUAUUUUUACUCGGCAAGGUCGCCCAGAAGCAGCCAGUAAAGGUGUGGGAUACGGCAGCCGACAAUUGGAUAGUGUGGGAUACUGGCUGACGUUUGACCGUCAAUUGAGCUUGGACAGAUUGAAGGAGACUGGAUUUGAAAGGGAUCAAGACCCGUUUGAGGGAUGGCUGGAGAGCUUUGAGAUGUUUCGCGAGGCUGGCUUGAUUCUCUAG